AUGGAGAUUGGCGGGGAGGUCCCCGCCAACAGGAGCCGUCUUGGCGACGCAGGCGGCGAGGGAGGCUCGGCGCUCUGCACGGGCUCGGCGAGCGUUAGCCAUGGAUCCGGCGGAGCAGUGGAGCGUGGAUCGAUGGAAGAAAGGAUUCAGCGCACCCCUACCUGUGACACGGAGACGCUGGCCCAUAGGGCGGCGAAGAGGUCCAAAGCUUCGACGGGCGACGAGCCCCCGGCGAGCGCUUCGCGCAUGCCGACACUGGUGCUGAUCAGCCCGGAUGACAACCGAGGAGAGCAGCAACAGGAGGAGCCGUUGAGGGCUGCUCCCGACACGCCGCCCUCGUCAACUACGCCACCCAGAGGGGUGUCUCUGGCAAGGGAGAACACCGUCGAGCCCACGCGCAUGGAGGAGGAGGAGGGGCAGGCACGGGCGCUGGCGGUUCCGUCCCGGCAACGGAUGUUGGCGGGGAGGGAAACACUUCUCCUCAGCACGACACGGGAAGACAUCGACACUGUCAUUGAGGAGGUCGCCAGGGAUGCCGAAGCUAAGGCCACCAAGAUCGUUGUUGAUGAAGCCGCCAAGUCCGCCGCCGAGGAGGCCGCUGCCGGGGAGGCCGGCAAGGGGCCUGCUGGGGAGUCCGGCGAGGCCGCUGCCAAGGAGGCCACCGAGGAGCCUGCCGGGGAGGGUGCGACCUACGACCAACCUUCCUCCUCCGGAGCCCCCGGCACGGGCAAGAACUUGAAGGUGGGCGAUGAUCUGUUCGUCAGCCUCCCAGGGACGGCAAGCACCAGAGCGCCAGCCGAAGGGGAGGUUUUCGAUGAUGAGGUGCUUGCCGCCGCCGGGCUCCAGGUUGUUGAUGAACCGAGCGCCAGCAGCGGUGGUUCCCAAGAGGAGAAGCUCCUCCGGGCCAUGAUCGCCAUCUUUCAGAAGCUCCAGGCGCUCCAGCGUGCCCGCCAGGACAAGGUGAACUCCAGGACAGCGGCCGUGGACAAGGCCGAAGCAGACUUUCAGGAGCACAUCGCCCAAAUGCAAGCGCUUGCCGCCACGCUUCGCUGCAAGGACGAGGAGGUCGAGAAGCUUGUUGCGCAGCGGACCCAGGAGCUUGAGCAGAAGCGAAAGGACACACUUGAUGCUCUGGCCCUGGACCACAUCGGCAAGGUGGAGAAGCUGGAGCUGGAGCGGGAGGAGCUGAAGAAGGAGAUCUCAAGGAUGACGGAGGAGAGGGACACAGCUAACCGCCCCCUGGCGGACUCGCAGCUCACCAUCUCCGAUAAGACCAAACUGCUCUUUGAGGCCAAUGACUCCAUCAACGACCCGAAGCUGAAACUGGAUGGCUUGGAAGGGACGCUUUCGGAGGUCAGGGCCUGUGAGGAGACCCUGAACAAGGCCCUUGUGAGCGAGAGGCAGCUGCGGAAGGAUGACGCCGCUGCCCACAAGGACUAUGUGGACAACGUGAACCUCUGGAUCGGCCUCUUCAUCGAUGUUGCAGGGAAGCUCACCAUGCAGCUAGCCGUCAUGGGCAUGCCGGACGUCAGGUACUCCCAGGAGGCGAACAUAAGCCCCAAUGCUAGGCUAACCUUGUUCUUCGAGCGCAUCUCGACGCCCUGA